AUGUACGGCGACGCCGACAACGAUUACAUCCGCGCAUGCCAUGUCCUCGACGAAAUAAGCGACAGGCUCCUCGCUAACCACAAGCAGGCCUCCGCACUCCUCGCACAGGCAAGGGGCCUCAAGGCAGAGAGCGCAGACCUCCACUCGACCUUCAACCUCCGACGCUUCAACGUCGACCUCUCCAAAGAAACGAUCGAGUCGGAGCUCGAGCGCACCAAUGCCCGGACCAUCAUCGAGAACCACACGCUCACACAAGAAAACAGGCAGCUGAGCAUGCUCCUCAAGGAGUACGAGCAGACCAUGGAGACCGUCAUGUCCAAAUAUCGGAGCCAUGCCCUCGCCGCGCAGCAGCACGAGCUCACACUAACGCGCCACUACGACGCCCUCCUCGCGCACGAGUCGCAUUUCGUCAUCGAUCCCAACCUAGGCCCGUCCAUUCGCCGCCUCGAGCGCGGCCUGCGCGCCCUACAGCUGUCCAUCGCGGGCAAGGACCCAGCCCACUUCCACCUCGACUCUGCCGCAUCGCCCGCACCCGCGACCGAACCACGCGCCGAGCCGUCUGACGAAGACGAGGGCGACGAGCCCUUCGACUGGACCAUCGCGCGUGAGCUCGAGAUUGCGCGACUGGACGCCGAGAAUACGCGCCUCCGCGCCGUGCUCGGAAUCAACCGCGAGGCGCUCGAGGCGCUCGGCGUCCCCGACGACGAGGACUACGUC